CAAUGUGUGGCCAGUUCGCCAAGUUCUGCCAAAAUUUGCGCCAAAAUAUAAAGUUACUACGUGAAAGAACUCGCAACAUCAUGUCGGAACAGCAGCAGAAAAGAGGGGUUUUUAUUGUAUUUGAAGGAUGUGAUCGAGCAGGCAAAACAACGCAAUGCAAGCAGCUUGUAAACAAACUCAACGAUGCUGGACACUCGGCUCAAUUCAUGAACUUUCCUGAUAGGACCACACAAUGUGGCCACUUGAUCAAUGGAUACCUGACUCGAAAGGAUGACUUCACGGAUGAAGGAAUCCAUCUUAUGUUUACACUGAAUCGAUGGGAAAAGAUGAAGGAAAUGGAAAAGCUACUACGAAGUGGAGUCCACCUGAUCGUCGAUCGGUAUUCGUUCUCCGGUGUGGCGUUUAGUGCUGCGAAGGGGUUGGAUAUGGAAUGGUGUAAGGCACCAGAAGCAGGUCUGCUGAAGCCGGAUUUGGUCAUUCUGCUAACAUUGUCACCAGAAGCCAUCGCCAAGCGGGGUGGUUUCGGGGACGAGCGCUACGAGGUUGCAGAGUUCCAGAAAAGAGUGAUGCAAAAAUAUGCAGUACUUAAGGAUGAUCAGUAUUGGAUGGAGGUUGAUGCGGAUAAGAAGUUUGAGGAUUUAACGCUGGAUCUAUACAAAAUUACGACCGAUACGAUAAACAGAUCCGGGAGCAAAACAUUGCGAAAACUCUGGUAGAGCAAGCUUAGCGCAAUGUAGAUAUUUGAAUUGAAAAAAAAACCUCUCACAAUAACGAAGUGGCUAAUUUGAAUAAGUCAAUUGUUAUUGUCAAACAUUCUUGUAUCAUAUAAACGAUCAGUUUUAAAUAAAUUUUAUAAUUUCAACUACC